GUUAUGCAAAGGAGUUUCAAACCUUUAUCAGAUUUAGACCAUAGGAUAGAUCUCUUAAUGGCGAAAUGUGCUUUGUUACAAAGCCAAAUCAAAGUUAAGUUUGGACAGAAUGGGGGGCGUUUUCGAGAGAGGAGAUUCUUGCAUGAAACAGUCGAUUUUAGGAAAGAAAUCAAUCCACCAUUGUUUGAUGGGAGUUACGGAGAAUUUUUCAUUCAGUUUCAACAUGCUGCUAAGUGGAAUGGCUGGAGUGAGAGAGAGUGUGCCAGUCAGCUUCUUAUGUCUUUACGUGGCUCAGCAAAACACAUUCUAUCUGAAAUUCCUUUAGCCGUAUCCUUAGACUUUCGAACAUUGAAAGAUACACUACGAAAUCGUUUUUGUCCAUCAGCAUUUCAGGAUUUUUACAGAAUUCAAUUCAAGAACAGGGUUAGAGAAGGAGAAACUAUUUCAGACUUUGGUCAUUCUUUACGGAGACUGGCAUUAAAAGCGCAUUCUUGUUCUUUUAGCUCGAUAGAAACUCGCGUUAUUGACCAGUUUGUAUUUGACUUAAGAGAUGCCGACUUAAUGAAAUAUGUUUACUUUAGUCGUCCUGCAUCUUUAGAUGAAGCCAUUGCAUCUGCUGUCGAGUUUGAAGAUUUCAUUGAGCAAAAUGCGUAUGUUAAACAGAACAUUGCAUGUGAUUCCGACACACCAGUUAAUACAUAUUCUGUAAGAGCCCUUAUUCGUAGAGAAAUCCAAGCCGCUCUUGAUUUGUAUACGGUCGAUGAAAAGAGCAAAGUACUGGAAACUAAUGUCAUAUCUCAGACUAAGAAUGACCCUGACUGUGCGUCAAAGUCAACCCAAAAUAUCGGGAAACUCACAAGUUCUGAUGCUGGGGCCGUGGCAUCAGAUCUAGAUCGUUCAAACAUUACCGAACACAGUAGGCCACCCGAGAUUUUGACGAGUAACGCACAGAAUGAACUCACCGAAAUCGAUGGAGAAUCAUUUCAUUCGGAUGGCGAAGUUCCUAUUUGUAACUCAAAUGAUAUUCACGAUAUUUACGAGUCGGAGUUGAAAUCAGUUUGUUUUGCGACUUCUUUGAAUCCUGAGGCAAACGAAUUCAUUCCUAGAUCGGAAUUUUAUUUAGAACCUUCAAGUGAUAAGUUUGACUUGCGUUCUGUUUUUGCACUGAAACUUGAUGGGAGGACUGUUCCCCCUGGUCAAGUGUAUGCCUUGGUGAGGUGCUAGUGCACAAGCACUCAUUCGGUCCGUUAUGCAGUAGAGUCGCUGGUAUUGUACUCUUACUGUAGACCGGAAUUUCCAAAAGGAAUAGGUUAGAUAUUUGACUUAUUGAAAUGGUCAUGCGGGUUUUGUCACCCAGAUGUACGAUAAACUGGUUGUACUUUAUGCUACACAUAUGUGUGUGUGUGUACACACAGUUUGUGUUCUUUUUAUUUAAAAUUUACUACCUUUAUUAAAAACGCGUAAAUUGAUACGAUUAAGUAGAAUUUCUAUCCCCUGACAUCUGUGUGGCAAUUUUGGGAUGUGAAAUUAUUAUAAACCGCGUAAAUUUACUCUAUUAUACAUUUUUCUUUUAAUUUUCUUAUUUAUUUAUUUACCAGUAAUUAUGAUAUUACUUUACUUUUUCAUAUAUCUAGCACUCUUGCUAAAUAUGCUUUCAGAUUAUUUUUCAGUUUCUGGUGGGACAUGGAUGACAGUUACAAACGGAAUCCAGCGAAUGAUGCAUGAAACACAUGGUUUUCAACUCUGUGGGAUUUCCUAAUUCAUGAUCUUCGGAGUAUCUGGACCUAUGAACCGAAAUCAAGUGAACGUGAUGCGACAGUGUUGUGAACUAUUCCUGUUUUCGCGCUCCUGACAUUCUGGUGAAGCCAAUGCGUUGAUACUAACCGAGGAGAACUGUUAAAUUACCCGCAUCUGGAUGAACUUUUCAUGAUACAUGGACUUUUCUUUAAAGUGAACCUUUGUAUAUUACGUAUACAUUCAUUCAUAUAUUUUGUACAAUGUACACCAUUGUUUUCCAUGGGGGGAAGAGGGGUUUAUUUUUCAUUUCUAUAUCCUAGCUUUUAGUCAAAUGUAUAGCAUUUGUCUUUAAGGGGGGAGGAAUGUGGUAGUUUGGGUUUUACUUUUACUUUUAUUUCUGGAUUUCGAUCCCGAUAUAAAUUAUUCACCCGUUGUAUUUGACCACGCCCACUUUAUCUUUUAUCCAAUAACUUUAAUGACAGUUUCUAUUGUUUAAUUUGCUAUAUAAAGCCAUGCAACUUACUAUUCGUUGAAGCGAGACAGCUGGCCUUGCUAGCUACUCUUCUCCUUCCAUUCUUCCUAUUUUGGAAUUACGUUUUUGUCUACUUUGUCCCUUUUUACUUACUAAAGUAUUAUUACCUUUGGGUUGGGAGGAUUUCUUGAUAGUUUCUAGGCUAAGUUCUAGGCUUUUGGAGUGUGUAUUUGUCACAUUCAUACUGGUAAUAAAUUUGUAAAGUGUUAUUUAUCUUAUUUUCAUUUCUAUUUGAAUUUAUUUUCAAAUUUAAAAUCAUAGUGUAGUUGGGUCGUUUCGGAGUCGCCACUAUCAAAAUAAAAUAUAACAAACACAAUGCGAAUUACAGACUAUACGAACGCCUGACCUGCUACAAUUUGUUAAACAAUAGAAUUUCUUAUUAUUUUUAGCAAUAUCCUAAAAAACAAAGAUAAAUAAAUAAAAUGCAUGCCUAUCACUUGGGACAAUAUAUAAUUAAAAGCAGCAUUAAUCAGCGAACGGGAUUUACAUCGGGAUCGGAAUACGUUAAAUAACACCAAAAAAAAAAAAACAUAUUGCAAAAUAUACAAGAUUGUUUAGCGUUGCUAAGUAAGCACACUUUUAUCAUUCGAUUGCAAGGUAAUAAAAUAAUUCGAUUGCAAGCAAAGACUAGGACACUGUUACAGCAAGAAAAUGGCAUACUACCCGAGUAACUAUCCAGCUGCAAAUCCAUAUGGAGGUGGAUAUACUUCCUAUGGCUUUGGAACUAAUCCAUACCAAGCAAAUCCUUACCAGCAAAAUCCAUACCAGCAGAAUCCAUAUCAAAUGUCUAUGUUUUCUAUGCCAUCAAUGCCAUCAAUGCAGAUGAUGCCCCCAUCUACUCAAACAGUUGUUGUCAACAAUAAUACAUGGAAUGUCAACAAUGCCUUGAUGAAUGCAGCGGAACAAACAUUGGGGGAUGAAAUGAAAGAGGUUGUGCAACAAGCAGAAGAGGAGGAGGAAGAAGAAGAGGAGGAGGAGGAGGAGGAUGACGAACUAGAGGAAGAAGUGAGAGUGUCAAGGAAGAAGAUGAAGAAGCGGGCUAGAAAACAGAGGAAAUUAGAGGAACUCUUGGCUCAGAAAAUGGAAGAAGAUGAGGACUUUAUGGAGCGUUUGAGAGCAAACUACAUUGCCAAUCUGCAGAGACAUUUAGACAUGGAUGGUACAAUGGAACCUACAGAAGGGACUGUUAAAGGCAUAGACAAGUACCCAGAAGAUGAUCCUGUUGUAGCAUUUAUUAAAGAGAAAUAUCACGGAGAAUUGGAUAUCACGGGUGAAAAAUGGAAUGCGGAACAUGACACUGAGUAUUUGGAGGCCGCUAUGGAUGGGGCUGGCACAAAUGAAGAUGCCAUUAUUCAUGUGGUAACCACCCGCAACAAUGCACAGAGGCAGAAACUGAAAAAGAUAUACAAGGUUUCAUAUGGAAAGGACUUAAUCGAGGAAUUGGAAUCCGAACUGAGUGGCAAUUUCUGCAGUUGUGUGAUGGCCUUGUUUGUGAAGCCUAACAUCUAUGAUGCCUGGUGUAUAAAAGAUGCCAUUUACGGCCUUGGAACAGAUGAGUCUGUCCUUAUUGAAAUUUUUGGAACACGGACACCAAAGCAGAUUCAAUCCAUUAGAGAAUGUUAUGGUUCAGUGGCAACUCCAGACAAGCCAGCAACUGAAAGUCAAAUUGAAGAAGACAUUGAGGGUGACACAAGUGGAGACUUCAAAAGAUUCCUGAUAUCUGCCUGUCAGGGUGGAAGAAGAGAGUUGGAUUCAGAAACACUAAAUGAUGCGGUAGAACCUGUCCUUUUUGAGGACAAACCAACUGGUCAGUUUAAGAUCAAUAUGGAGAAAUUGGUGAAUAUGCCUAAAGCAAAGAUUGACGCUAAGGCCCUGUUUGAAGCAACUGAGGACCAAUUAGGCACAAACGAAAAGGAGCUGAUUCGUAUUUUUGCUCUUCCUGAGGUUUACCAAUCCAGGGCCACUUACGAUGAAUAUGUUAAGAUCACUCAAAGAGACAUUGAGAACACCAUUGACAGAGAAACAUCUGGAAACUUUGGUAAAGGACUUCUAACAAUGGUAAUGGCCCUGAAAUGUCGCCCUAAGUAUUUCGCUGAACGCCUUGUAUGGACCAUGAAGGGACUUGGAACCCAUGAUACAGAUCUUAUUCGCGUAGUUGUAUCGAGAUCAGAGAUUGAUAUGGUUCAGAUCAAGCAGUGUUUCCUAGAGAUGACAAAACAAACUUUGUAUAAUUGGAUAAAAGAUGAUACUUCUGGCGACUACAAGAAAAUUCUACUGGCAAUUGUUGGGAAAGACUAGAUGUAUGAAUAUACUCCAUCAGGGCUAUAUAGACCUUAGGUUUGGACUGUCUUGACUUUUUCUUUUUGUUUACUAAAGGGGAAAAAUCCACUGAAAAAUUCCUAUGUUCAGGUUUUGAAAUACUAACUACAACACUUAUACAAGAAUGAUAUCGUUUUGGGCAAAACUUUUAUCUGGUAAUGAGAGUACCUACACUAAAUUUACCAGGGAUAAAACAUCUAACCCCUGAUAUUCAUCAAAUUUUUAUAUCUUUUGUUUUUGUCCUAUAGUUAGAAUGGACAAAUUUUUGUGUGUGUGAAAUGGUUAAUCGUUUCUGUCAAGUAGAGUUUGAAAGAUCAGCAUCUACAAAAAUGGCCUUGUGACAUGAGUCAUCCAUUGUGACAUGAGUGAAAUUCAGAAAAUCACCAUCUUCCAGUUGAAAUUGGUCAAGGUGGAAUAAUAACUCUCCAAAACAAAAGAAAAUGCCACAUCUGUAAAAGUCACCAAAUUGUUGAUGAAUACAUGUACCACUAUUAACUGGAAUGUAAAGAAAUUAUAGCAAUUCAGAAAGACUUUUUAAUGAUAAGUAUUGGUUUUUAUUUUUUUUUUUAACUAUUACAUGUUUAAAAAAUACUAAAGCAUCUGAUAAUUACUGUAUAACAGGUAUUUUCUGCAGUUGUUCAUUUUUUACGGAUAAGAAAAAUCCACAAAAAUUACAACCACAAAAUAUAUUUGCAUGCUCAUAGGUAUAUACAGAUAUAAUGCAACCACAGAAAUUGGAAUCACGGAAUGUAAUUUGCUACCAUUUAUGGAUCAAAUCGCAAAAAUUUCCAACUGCAGAAAAUGUCCAUUAUACGGUAUUUGAUGAAAAGGAUUAAAUGUUUUGUUCAAACAAAUGAAGUUCAGUUUUUUUAAUCCAAAUAACAAUAAUGUAGUUAAACGAAUUAUUGUAGGCAUACACAAGCUUUAAUUGGUUUAGAAAUUUUGCUGUUUUUUGUUCAUUUGUUUUGUUUCUACAUGUAAUUAGCUUCUUUGUCCUGAAAAUUUUUAUUGUUUGAGUCAUUACGGUGUUUUUUAAAAUGUAAUUUUGAUUUACUUCUUGUCAUUUCUAUGAUUUAAAUUGAGUGAAGAGAUGAACUUGAAAUUGUGGAAAACUUAAAUAUGUUAAACAUUUAUUGAACUAGGAUUUUUCUAGCCAGAAAGGGUUCUAUAUAUAAAGACAUGCCUGUGCAUACAUAUUGUUCUUCCUACUGACUAUAUGUGAUCCCUGAAGCAUAGACCAAGGAAUUCUGUUUGUUCAUUAUGAUAAUGAUGUCCCAUAAUGCACAUCUUACUUACAUUUAUACUACUAUAUUGCUUUACAAGACUCUUACUUUAGUAGUUUUAAAAUUGCCAAGAAGUAAAUCAAUCUAUUAUUCACCAGUAUGUUCACAAAUCUCUCUUUAAUUCACAGUAUAGCAACAUAUUACGAUAGCAAGUGUGUUUUUCAUUUACUUACCUACUUGUAUCAACAUUAAUUGAUGUCACUUGAAAUGUGUUAUAACUCUAAUGAAAAUUUAAGCUCUUUCAUUUGUCAGAUGAUCUGUGAUGCAAUUUAUAUUCUCUGUUUUUGGCAAUUUUUUUCAUAUUUCAAAUAAAAACUUGAGUGAUUUCACCUAA